AUGGGAAUUGAAGACGAUACUUAUCAUGUUGUUAUCAGGCUUCCUUUCAAAAGACCUGAAGGGUUCAUAGAGCCACCCUCGAUAAUAUGGACUGACGAAAUGGAGCAUCAACUUUGGCAGUAUAUGAGCCAAAAGAACAGAGAUUGGAACAGCAUUGCGGAACAGUUGGGUGUGCCUACAACGUACGUGGUUAGACAUGCUGCUUUCAUCUAUGAAACACAAUUGCGAGGCAUUCAUCAACAAUUGAGGAUAAAUACAAACAAUAUCAGUCUAAAUAGCAGAAACACAAAGAGCCCUACAGCUUCACUGAAAACAAGAACGUCUAUACGUUACUCUUCCAAAAGUUCUCAAAGUUAUCUAUCUCAGCAACCACAACAGCAGCUACAGCAACAAUCAGUAGAUAGCAAUAGUAGCUUACUACAACACUCCAAUACUGUAUCUUCCUCAUGUUUGCAAACAAUCGAUAACAAAUCAGCAAAAUCUUCACUAUCAAAUCACAGCAGUGUGUGCAAAAGCUCAACGAUGAUGUCCAAUCCUGCUAAUAGUAAUAAUAGUAAUACCACGGUCAAAACUCGAGAUUACGCAAAUUAUCCCUUGACAGCAACUGUAAACGCAGAAGAAUCGCAAUCACAACAAUUUAAACAUAAGAAUGAUACAGUCAGCACUAAAAAAAGCACACACGACAGUAUAAAAAAAUACAGAAGCAUUGAAGAUGGCUUCAGCGAUGCUGAAGAUAAUGGCAGCAGUAUAGAUGAAGUGAAACCACAGCACAAAGACCUACAGCAACAAGAAAAAUCUAUUGAAGGGGAAGAAGAGUUCAGUAACCAUUUCGAAAGAAUGAAAUUACAAAUAGAAGAGCCAGCCUUCUUACCUCAGCACACAUUAUCAUCUUCUUCUUCCUCCCACAAUUUACGUAACAGUCGACAACAGCUAUCUAUGUCAAUACAAAGCCUGAGAAGAAACAGUAACAAUAUUAAUCUAUCGUUAGCUAAUCCUACAAAUACGUCAUCUGUAUCCACCAGUCGUUCGCCAUCCUCCACAUCUCAAACUUCGUUCAAAACGACCGACAAUAAUUCCUCUGUUACACUCAACGCUGUAUAUGAUAAUACACCGGCAAACGCUGCUCUGACUUCUUCAACGCCUUCUCCAUAUACACUACAGCAACUAUCACAACCUGAUCUACAGCCUGUUUCUUCGCAUUCUUCUACAAUGAUUAACAAUGCAGCUACUGCCGUCGCAGCAACAAUAUCAACUGCUCCCGGUUCAACAAGCAAUGAAAGUGCGUUAAAUUCAAUCGGAUCCUCUUUCAGUGACUUAUCUGAUUCUUCUAUCACUCAAUCCGCUCUAGAAGAGGCCUUCCUAUCGAAGUUUAAUCAAGGAACAUCUAGAAUGUCACUCUUGAACUUUUCACAUCGAUACAAAGAUUUAAAUUGA